GCGGACCAUUUUUGCCAGCUUCGCUCAUUUUGCCCAUCCUGGCGCACUUUGCCCGACAUUCUUGAUAAUAUUGUAAGCUCGCAUGCCAGUGAAUCCUGCAGCAGCGAACGUCUUUGGCACUUUAGGCACAGUAUGCUGGUGCAUCCAACUUGUACCCCAAGCGUGGAAAUCAUGGCGCGAAAAGUCCACAUACGGUCUCUCACCACUACUGGUCCUGAUCUGGUCCGCUUGUGCUCUGCCACUCGGGGUGUACAAUAUCGCAUCGAAUACUAAUAUCCCGUUAAUACUACAACCACAACUUUUUGGCGCAUUAGGAGCCAUUUGCUGGGUUCAAUGCUUGUACUAUGAGAUGCACCUCUCCUUCAAGCGUAGCCUUCUGAUCUUGGUCACCUUUCUCGCCAUCAUUGGUGGUCUGCAAGUGGCUUUUGUGUUUGCUGUUUGGUAUGCAUUGGCAGUGGGAAAUGAACGUCCCCUACAGUUUUUCGGGGUUAUGCCCGCAAUCAUGAUCUUCGCUGGCGUCAUACCUCAAUUUUAUGAGAUCUGGAAGAUGAAAGAAGUACUCGGGAUUAGCAUGGCGUUCAUGACGAUUGAUGGUCUGGGGGGAGUUUUCAGCACACUCUCACUCGUUUUCAACAAGUCAAUUGAUCCUCUACUGGCAUUCUCUUAUAUCAGCGUCAUUGUCCUCGACUCACUCGUUAUUAUACUCUAUAUGAUAUUGAACCCUCUCGCCGCCCGACGCCGACAUCGCGAAGCUGUCAUCGCCGGGGUCAUCUUAGCGAGUUCUGUGACGCCGAAGUCAGCCGAGAAAACGCCGGUUGUUGAAGGCGCAUUGCCACAACUGCAGAUGCUGCCAACUACACGUCCAAAUCCCGAAAUCGAGAUUGGGACGCCUUUGACAGCGGUCGAACAAUUACCUUCCCAGGGGUCGGACGAGCCUAAUGGAAAGGCAGGGAACACCGAAGAAUGCUCCGGACAUGAAUUGAACGAACUCUGUAGCCCUGUCUAAGAACGCUUGUGUAGCGUUAGUUCCACCGUUGUAUAUCGUGUCGUCUGUAAUAAC